AUAUUUUGCAUCGGCAGUGUUCAUCUCCACUUUAUGACAACUGCAGGAUGUGGACCUGUGAGUGUUAUCUUUUUAUUGGCCUGACUCUGGUGAUGAUCUCAGCCCGGGAUAACAAUAAACCAAAUGUGACCCUGACAUUGAAAAAUGAUGAAAAAUCUGUGUACAUCGGUAACGAAGUGACUCUGGAAUGCAGCAUUGAUGGGAAAUUUACUGACUUGACAUAUCACUUUUACAGAGGAGAUGACAGAAAAUGGGGGAGUGAAAUUAAAGCAUCCAAAGAGAACACUUACACCAUCAAAUCUGUGACUCAGUCUGACAGUGGAGUGUACCACUGUAAUUUCUACAGAGACAAUCCUCCUUAUUUCUUACUAUCCAGGAGCAAUCCUGUCACACUGACUGUCCAGGUUCCUUCUUUGAUUUUGACUGCAUCACCUGGAGGUUUUUUGACAGAGAAAAUCUCCCUCACCCUGACUUGCACAUGGAAGGGAAAUGGAAGCUUGAAUUCUAACUCCAACUUCACGUUUUGGAGAGAUGGCAUGAUUGUGAGGAAUAGCAGUAGCUUUUCAGUGUUUCAGAUCAAGCACAUUGAUAAACAUCAUGCUGGAUGCUACACGUGUACUACAGAGCUACAAGGAGGAGUGACAGAACACAGCAACAGACUUGAGGUCAAAGUACAAGGGAGAAAAAAAAAUCCAAACCUACAUGGCCCUUGAUGGACAUGUGAUGAACAGAGACAAGCAAUAUGUGGGCAAAAGAAUGAUGGGAAUGGAAGUCCUGGGAAAGGGAAAGUGAGGAAGACCAAGGCAGAGGUGGAAAAAUAAAGUUAAAGAAGAUUUGAAGAAAAAGGCUUGACUGAACUAUUUGGGGAAAAUUGAUCAGGCAUAUCGACCCCACAUAGAGGUGGGAAAAGAUAAGAGAAGAAGAAUGUGUUACAUAUUUGAUCUUAUCUAGACUAUCCUGUGUCUAACUUUCUGAUUCAUGCUUUUAUUUUUUUCACAUUUUUACUGUAAAGCUCUUUUUAUCUGAUCUUCGUAAGCAUUUAUUACAUGAACUUCAGACGUUUCAAAAUGUAGCCAGUCGCUUGCUAACACCCACAACCACAAGAGAGUGUCAAUGGAGUACUGUGUCAUUUUAAUAUAAAGAGAUUCAAUUACAAAUCUUAAUGUUUUAUAUUUAAAGGUUUAUGUGGAAAUUCACCAAUCUAAUUGCCAAUACGAUUAGUCCAGUGCAACACCGUUACAUUGAUAAUACAAAUAGUAUCAUACA